AUGUUGGGCUUGCUCCAAGGCUAUGUUUCUUCAUUGACUUCAUCAGAGAUUAACCAGUGGUUUAAGAGGAUUGUAUAUGCCUUGGCCACGUCGGCCAUUUGCGGCUCCAACCUGCACAACUAUCGCGGCUUCUACGGCCCUGACAAGUACCCCUAUCGCGCCGGUCACGAGGCCAUGGGCGUUGUGCACAAGAUCGGCCCUGCCGUCGACAGCAUCAAGGUUGGCGACCGUGUUGUGCUUGCGUUCCCCGAUGAUCGCCCUAACAGGACGGAGAAUUCGACCACGCCAGCCUUGCGUGGGCCAGGAGUGCUUCAACCGGGAGGUCGAGAUCCAGUAGGACUACGUCAUGUGCGGGUGCAUCGCCGUCAUCUCGAUGAGGCGCCUGAGCUGUACCGUCGCUUCAACGAGCAAAAGGUCGUCAAGGUGCCGUUCAAGGGAGCUCCCCAGCCCUUAGGAGUGGGAGAAGUUUAA